AUGCAGCUGACCAUGAGGGUAUGGAGAUCAGGCAACUCGGCUCUAACAGUCUCCACUGUGAAGUGUAGGGUGGUGGGAUUAGGUAGCUGCUCUGUCAGAAGCUCCCCCGUCAGGACUCCAAAGCUGUACACGUCGAUCUUUGUGGUC